CACAACCGGUUCCUGGGAGCCCUAGUGGCGCGAUGUGGUUUAUGCUGCUGCUGGUGUCCGUGCUCCUGUUGGCGGUCCUCAGCAAAGUUUACCUGUGGCUUUUCCCGGAAAGAUCCCCGAACCCCUUCGCCAGGGAUGUCAAGCGGCCACCUGCGCCCCUGGUGACCAACAAGGAGGCCAGGAAGAAGGUUCUCAAACAAGCUUUCUCAGUCAGCCAAGUGCCAGAGAAACUGGAUGCAGUGGUAAUUGGCAGUGGCAUUGGGGGCCUGGCCGCAGCUGCGAUUCUGUCUAAAGCUGGCAAGAGAGUCCUGGUGCUGGAACAACAUACCAAGGCAGGGGGCUGUUGUCAUACCUUUGGAAAAAAUGGCCUUGAGUUUGACACAGGAAUCCAUUAUAUUGGGCGUAUGCAGGAGGGCAGUAGUGGCCGUUUUAUUUUGGACCAGAUCACUGAAGGGCAGUUGGACUGGGCUGCCACAGCCUCACCUUUUGACAUAAUGGUACUAGAAGGGCCCAAUGGCCGAAAAGAGUUCCCCAUGUACAGUGGGACAAAAGCAUACAUUAAAGGCCUGAAGGACAAGUUUCCCCAGGAAGAAGCUGUCAUUGACAAAUUCAUGAAGCUGGUUAAGGCAGUAUCCAACGGAAGCAUUUAUCUCGUCCUGUUGAAAGUCCUCCCGUUGCCAGUGGCUCAGUUCCUCAGCAAGUGUGCGCUGCUAACUCGUUUCUCUCCAUUCCUCCACGCAUCCACCCAGAGCCUGGCUGAGGUCCUACAGAAGCUGGGGGCCUCCCCUGAGCUCCAGGCAGUACUCAGCUACAUCUUCCCCACUUAUGGUGUGACUCCCAGCCACACCACCUUUGCGAUGCAUGCUUUGCUGAUUGAUCACUACUUAAAAGGGGCCUUUUAUCCUCGAGGGGGUUCCAGUGAGAUUGCCUUCCAUACCAUCCCUGUGAUUCAGCGGGCUGGGGGUGCUGUCCUCACAAGGGCCACUGUGCAGAGUGUGCUGCUGGACUCAGCUGGGAAAGCCUGUGGUGUCAGUGUGAAGAAGGGACAAGAGCUGGUGAACAUCUAUUGCCCCAUCGUGAUCUCCAAUGCAGGACUGUUCAAUACUUAUGAGCACUUACUGCCAGAGAGUGCCCGUUGUCUUCCAGGUGUGAAGCAGCAGCUGCAGAUGGUACGGCCUGGCUUGAGCAUGUUCUCGAUUUUUAUCUGCCUGAGAGGCAGCAAGAAGGAUUUGGGUCUGCAGUCCACCAACUACUAUGUUUAUUUUGACAUCAACAUGGACAAAGCGAUGGAGAAGUACAUCUCCCAGACUAAGGAAAAGGCUCCAGAACACAUCCCUCUUCUCUUCAUUGCUUUCCCAUCAGCUAAGGACCCAACUUGGGAGGACCGAUUCCCAGACAGGUCCACAAUGAUCUUGCUGGUGCCCACCGCCUUUGAGUGGUUUGAGGAGUGGCAGGAGGAGCCGCAGGGAAAGCGGGGUACUGACUAUGAGAAGGUCAAAAACACCUUCAUUGAAGCCUCUAUGUCGGUGGUCAUGAAACUGUUCCCACAUCUGGAGGGGAAGGUGGAGAGUGUGACUGGAGGAUCCCCGCUGACCAACCAGUUCUUCCUGGCUGCUCCCCGAGGUGCCCCCUAUGGGGCUGACCAUGACCUAGGUCGCCUGCAUCCUCAUGUGAUAGCCUCCAUAAGGACCCAAAGCCCCAUCCCCAAUCUCUACCUGACAGGCCAGGAUAUCUUCACCUGUGGGCUAAUGGGGGCCGUGCACGGGGCCCUGCUGUGCAGCAGUGCCAUCUUGAAGCGGAACUUGUACUCAGACCUUAAGGACCUUGGCUCAAGGGUCAAGGCACAGAAGAAGAUGAUGUAGUUUAGUCAGGGAUGAGUAAAGAGGA